AGCACCCGCAGCGCGCCUGCUCCGCCGCUGUCACCGCGGCCUUCGGCGUCACCACCGGUGGCUGCGCGACGCGAGCGCGCUCCGGUCCGGCCCGCUCCGCCCGGUGCCGGCGGCUCCCGCUCGCCCGGUGCCGGCGGCUCCUGCUCCUCGCUUGCGGGGGCACAGCCUGCGCGCCGCGCCGUCUCCGUGGCAACGCCCGGAAGGGGCGUCUCGAGGUGGCCCGGAGGCCGGAAAUGACGCUGCGGCUGGCGCGGAGGCGGCGGAGCCGGGCCGGAGCCAUGUCAGCGGGCGGCGGAGCGCAGCGCGACGCGGGGGCCGCGGGCGGGCGCCGCAGCAAGUGGGACCAGCCCGGCCCGGCCCCCGCCUUCCUGCUCCCCGGCACGGCGCCGCUGCCCGGGCGGCCUUUCCCCGGCGGCGGAGAUGGCGGGUCCGCGGUGGCGGGCUCCGAGAGCUCCGCCGCCCCCUCGGGAGCGCUGGAUGCGGCCGCCGCUGUGGCCGCGAAGAUCAACGCGAUGUUAAUGGCCAAAGGGAAGCUGAAGCCCGCGCCCAGCACGGCGGACAAGCUGCAGGCUCUGGGAAAAGGUCCGGCUACAAGUAAAAACAAAGAUGACCUUGUGGUGGCAGAGGUAGAAAUCAACGAUGUCCCCCUCACGUGCAGGAACCUGCUGACAAGAGGACAGACUCAGGAUGAGAUAAGUCGGCUGAGUGGAGCCGCUGUCUCUACUCGAGGGAGGUUCAUGACUGCAGAAGAGAAAGCAAAAGUGGGACCUGGAGAUCGUCCUUUGUAUCUUCAUGUCCAGGGGCAGACGCGGGAAUUGGUUGACAGAGCUGUUAACCGAAUUAAAGAGAUAAUUACUAACGGAGUAGUGAAGGCAGCCACAGGUUCUAGUCCAACAUUCAAUGGAGCUACAGUCACUGUCUAUCACCAGCCAGCCCCUAUUACUCAGUUGUCUCCAGCAGUUGGCCAAAAACCUCCGUUCCAGACAGGGAUGCAUUAUGUUCAGGACAAGUUAUUUGUUGGUCUGGAACAUGCUGUACCUACAUUUAAUGUGAAGGAAAAGGUGGAAGGGCCUGGUUGCUCCUACUUGCAGCACAUUCAAAUUGAAACGGGUGCCAAAGUUUUUCUUCGUGGGAAAGGCUCAGGUUGCAUAGAACCAGCAUCAGGCAGAGAAGCGUUUGAACCCAUGUACAUCUACAUCAGUCACCCAAAGCCAGAAGGUUUGGCAGCUGCUAAAAAGCUGUGUGAGAAUCUAUUGCAAACUGUUCAUGCUGAAUAUUCCCGAUUUGUGAAUCAGAUAACCACUGCAGUCCCGUUAGCAGGCUUCACGCAGCCCGCUGCUAUAAAUAGCGUACCCUCUCAGCCAUCGUAUUACCCUUCCAAUGGGUAUCAGUCUGGUUACCCUGUUGUUCCCCCUCCUCAACAACCAGUUCAGCCACCGUAUGGUGUACCCGGCAUAGUACCACCUGCAGUGCCAUUGGCACCUGGAGUCCUAACAACACUACCUACAGGAGUUCCGCCUGUGCCAACCCAGUACCCAAUAUCUCAAGUACAGCCUCCAGCCAGCACUGGCCAGAGUCCACUGAGUGGUCCUUUUCUUCCUGCUGCCCCAGUAAAAACAACCAUGCCAACUGGAACACAGCCACAAGUCCAACCCCAUCCCCAAGGUCAAAAGAGACGCUUCACUGAGGAGCUGCCGGAUGAGAGAGAGUCAGGACUGCUGGGAUAUCAGGUACAGGCUUCUCCAGUCAGAGUGAAAUCAAUGGAGCCGGAUCGAAGCCAGCAAGUUCCUCAGGAAAGGAGAGAGAGAGGGACAGGCAGUUGAUGCCUCCGCCAGCGUUUCCUGUCAGUGGGAUGAAAUCGGAAUCUGAAGAAAGAAACGGUGCGGGGUCUUUACCAGGCAACCAUGGUGAGUGCAAUGAAUAAAAUAGACUUGUAAGUCAAGUUUUCUUUCCCAAAAUGAGUUUGCACUGGUCUUAACGUUUGUUUGAAUAGGUGAUUUUUUUUUUUUCCUGUUCUUUGUACCUCAUUGUUGAAGUGAAAAGCAAGUCAUAUUGCACUGCUCUAAAAUCACUGAUGUUUGCUGUAAUUAUACACAUAAGGUGCUUCUCUUAAAACUUCAAUAAAUAACUGUAUGACGGAGUAGAGUGUAAUUAAGUGAAGGACUAAAGACAGGUAUUUUUGAUCCAUCAGUCAGCUGAGGCAGAGAAUCUCAUAGGAUUGUUUUGUAACACAGAUAUCAUGUGGCUUUGCAUUGUGAGCAGCUAUCUCUAGAGGCACUAAGGAGUAUCGGUGGGAGUUAUGGUUCAGGUGUGUAUUUACAGACAUGAGCUGUGUCUGCAAACAAUACAAGUGCUGUCAGAUUUCAUCCUUUCCUAGGGCUGUGUCAUACAUCAAGUAUUUUCAACUUGGUAAAACAUGUAAUCAUUUCAACUCUUCUGGUAGUUUAGCACCUUUCAGGUCUGCAGGUGCAUCGCCUUAGCCUGUUUAACCUUAGUUUUUCUGCAGUAUUGAUCCCAGAGAUUGCUCUUCUGUUAGCUUUCUUUUGAACAAAAUUUCUGCUUUUCUUUACAUAUUUAUCUCUUUAACGGUGAAAUUGCCAUCACUUAGACCCAUUUGCUAACUUUACCUUUUUUGUGUGUUUCUUUCUUCUUUCUCUGUUCUCUUACAUGGUUCUGAUGGAUCAAAUGUGCUGUUGCUGGUGGUGUUUCGUGUGGCCUUCGACCUUGGAUGACCAUUGGCCUUGUGACCUCAAAAUGGUGUCCAACUAACAAUUUACAAUUAACGUCUCUUUUUUAUUAACUCAUUUUGGGGCAUAUCUUUUUAUUUUUACUUUUCCUUCUUGGGGGGCUUGGGGGAUUGUUUUGUUUUCCCCUCCUAGAUCAUCAAGCUAAGAAGAUGAAAACUGCAGAAAAGGGCUUUGGAUUAGUGGCAUAUGCUGGAGAUUCAUCAGAUGAAGAGGAGGAACAUGGUGGCCAUAAAAACGCAAGUACUUUUUCACAGGGAUGGAGUUUGGGAUACCAGUACCCUUCCUCACAACAGCGAGCUAAACAACAGAUGCCAUUUUGGAUGGCACCAUAAAAGCUGCAGAAGAGUUUUCAUUCAUCUUUUUUUUUUUUUUUUCCCCUCUAGCAAUAAUGCAUGUAUAUUACAGAAUAGACUUUGCAAAUACACGUUGUUUUUACAUUU